AAAAUAUUUCCGUAACUUGAAGAGUUGUGUUCAUGUUAUAUGUAUUGCGUUUUAUAUAUUUAAUUUGAUAUUCUAAUCAAAUUAUCUGCUAAUGGAACUGUUGAAGUUUUGGUCGUUGACAAUAUUUUUGUCAUCGUUUAUUCUCGGUGACUCAACUUAUCUUUUCAGUUUGACAGGUUCACAAUGACUGCGAUUGGUGUCCCGAUUAAAAUUUUGCAUGAGGCUGAAGGUCAUGUUAUUACACUUGAAACAACGAUUGGCGAAGUAUACCGUGGUAAAUUGAAUGAGGCAGAGGAUAACAUGAAUUGUCAAAUGAGCGAAGUCACGGUGACUUAUCGGGAUGGAAGGACUCAUCAUUUGGACAACGUUUUUAUUCGUGGGUCAAAGAUUCGGUUUAUGAUUUUGCCGGAUAUGUUGAAAAACGCACCAAUGUUCAAGAAUAUUGGACGAGCUCAGAAAGGAGCUGUUGGUAUGGGAAUGGGGGAUAAUCGUGAUGGACGCGGUCUUCGAGGGCGUGGCACUGCAUUUCGGGGACGUGGUGGCCCGCGUGGUAAUCAACGUGGUCCAGGUGGAAUGCCACGGCCUCAAUUCCGAGGGUGAUCCAUUGGUCUCUUUUAUGCGUUUUAUGUUUUGUUUCUGUGUUGGUUUCCUUUUCUUUUCUCUUGUUCAUUUAUUUUUUCCAAAACCGAUUGUGUUGGACUAACAAGACUGAUGAGAAAGUUGAUUCGUGGGUUUUGAUAGCUUAGGUUAUUAUAUGUUUAUUUGGACAUAAUCGAUUUCCUCAAAGUUACAUAUAAUGAAAUGGGAAAUGCGAGAGCUUCUAUAUGAUUCCUGCAAAAUUAAUUAACC